AUGCAGUGUGGAAGCAUCCAUCCUCUCCAUCGCCCUGUCCAUCCUCUCCAUCGCCCUGUCCAUCCUCUCCAUCACCCUGUCCAUCCUCUCCAUCGCCCUGUCCAUUCUCUCCAUCACCCUGUCCAUCCUCUCCAUCGCCCUGUCCAUCCUCUCCAUUGCCCUGUCCAUCCUCUCCAUCACCCUGUCCAUCCUCUCCAUUGCCCUGUCCAUCCUCUCCAUCACCCUGUCCAUCCUCUCUAUCCUCUCCAUUGCCCUGUCCAUCCUCUCCAUCACCCUGUCCAUUCUCUCCAUCGCCCUGUCCAUCCUCUCCAUUGCCCUGUCCAUUCUCUCCAUCACCCUGUCCAUUCUCUCCAUCACCCUGUCCAUCCUCUCCAUCGCCCUCUCCAUCCUCUCCAUCACCCUGUCCAUCCUCUCCAUCACCCUGUCCAUUCUCUCCAUCGCCCUGUCCAUCCUCUCCAUCACCCUGUCCAUCCUCUCCAUCACCCUGUCCAUCCUCUCCAUCGCCCUCUCCAUCCUCUCCAUCACCCUGUCCAUUCUCUCCAUCGCCCUGUCCAUCCUCUCCAUCGCCCUGUCCAUUCUCUCCAUCACCCUGUCCAUCCUCUCCAUCGCCCAGUCCAUCCUCUCCAUCGCCCUGUCCAUCCUCUCCAUCACCCUGUCCAUUCUCUCCAUCGCCCUGUCCAUCCUCUCCAUCGCCCUUAA